GCCGUUCGCACUCCAUCCUCGAGGUGGCGGUAAUUCAAAUGUUUUGCUCGAUGCGGGGGUGAACCAAACAUCCCGGUGGUGUGGUAGUAAGGCGGCCCAAUGACGGCACCGCUUGCUUGACAACUUAGUUACAAAUGUUAGCUUACUACAGUUUAUCUGUUUAUUUUUGUUUUGUUUUCUACCAAGUACCUAGUUUCAACAUUUACCACGCCCCCCUCCCCCCCGCCAUUAAAGAAAGUGGAGUCGUCCAACGGAAAAGCGUUAGCUCAUAUAUCUGGACUCCAGGCCUAGGGAGUUAGUGCAAAUGUGUCGCUUCAGGCUGGAAGUAAGCGGAGGACACUCGCCAGUAGCUUGAUUGACGUCCACUCAGCUCCUGGAGUUGCUGUGAGAUAAUGUACUCAAACAGGUCCGAACACAGUCACAGUCGGCAGUACAGUGACAGGCACAGCUAUGAUGACAGACGGGAAGAAAGGCGUGACCCUCACAGAGACGUACCACGGGAUUCCCAUUAUAAAUAUGGUGGGGCCGACCACAGCAGCGCAGAAAGGACAAGCAGAAGCAGAGAGUGGAGUGACUCACCCAAGAGGCUCUACAGUAAAGACUCACUGAGCAGAGACAGGAGUAGAAAGAGCCCACUGAGGAGACGCAUGUCUUCACCUGACUGGGGUGGUUCUGAAAAGAAAAAGCAAAGGUUUACUGGAGGCGAUGAAGAUGAUUACAGAUACAGACGUGUGCCUGAGGAGAAAGCAAGCAGGCUGUCGCCAGACAAUUUGUCACGUUCACAUGUAACCAAGGAUUUUAAACAAACGCUACCACAGGAGGAUGAUUUUAAAUACAGGAAAACAACUCAAGACUCCAGACAAAGAUAUCGACAUGAGGAGUUCACCUACAGACAACAACACAAUGAUUCAACUAGCAGAUGGUCGUCUGGGUAUUACAACGAUAGAGAUGGUCAUGAAACGAGCUGGGACCAUUCACAAGAGAGGACACGAUCACAAGACUGCUCCACAAAGAGUUAUCCCAAACCAAGAGAGAGGAAUGACAGCAACUCCACAGAUCAGGAAGAUCAUCGCCAAACCAGAACAAGGUUUCCAAUGAAUGCCUCCAGUGGACAGUCUUGGGAAAGUGAUGUCACCAACCAAAGUGCUGCUGCUCCUGAGCAGAACCGGCCAGCCAAGGGUUUCCAGCGUUUCCUUGACGUGCUUAACAAAGGUGUGAAUGUUGACAUGCUCACCAAGAUAGUGACUCAGACCUCUGCGAAAGUGGAUGAUCAACCACAUUCUCCAGCUUCUUUCAUGAGCACUGCGGAUCGUCCAUGGUCUCCCAGUCGUCCUGGGAAGCGACAGGGAAGCCACCAAAAUACCAACCAUUGGAGUGAGAGCCAGGAAUCCCAGAGUACGGCUUCUCCACAGCCUCAUCACAGGUCCUUCAGCCCCAAGAGGCGCUCUCUGUCUGAUGAAAAGUCCCUGCAAAGGGGUGAUGUUGAACGAAGCUACUUCAGCUCCAACAGUAGACCCGGGUCUCCCUCAGUAAUGGAAAAGCUGACACCUGAAGAUGAGCACAAGCACAGGCACAUGCAGGAUGUUUUGCAGGCGAUAGGCAUGAAUUUAGGAUUUGAGGAAUUGGGCCAGAUGUCACAUCGGAUCCAGGAGCGUCUGUACGGAAAGAAGGAUAGUGAUGGGGAACACCAUCGUACAAGAAGCAGGGAAAGGGACACAAGGCGAGCGUUUUCACCAAGAGCCCAAAGCAGAUCAUCAUCAAGUAGGUCUAGUUUAAGCCCGUCAACUUGCGUGAAAAAAGACCCCUAUAGUUCCCAGAGAGAUGAAACAGGGGUACAUCAAAUACAGCAGCAUCAACCCAUUGAAUACGGUCAGAAUAGCAGCAGUAGCAUUUUGCAGGAGAAUGAGAAAUCGGAACCUAACUCCCAAGAAAGCACCGCUACAUGUCAGGCAUUUUCUCAAAAUCCCACAUAUACUUUGUCAGAGCCGUCUCCCACAGCUGUGAUGCCGAUGUACUCUCCAGUAAACAGUUCACCGAUGCCGUACCCAACUCUGCCUCCUAACUUGCCUCCUAACUUGCCUCACGUUGGACCUGGGAUUUUCUUGCCUCAUCUACCUCCCUUCGUCCCUUACCCCCAUGUCCCACCUUUGAACAUCUUUCCAGCAGUACUUGCUCAAACAAGGCACCUGCUCCCACAACACAUGAGUAAUGCUCAGCCACUUCUUAACCCACCUCUGAACACUGCACAAAAAUCCAAAACACUGUCAAGGCCGCGCUGUUUGCAGGUUAUUGAAACCAAACAGCCUGGAUGAAGACCGUUGCACGGGGCGGACGAUCCGCCUUUUAAAAUCGACUGUAGUUGAAAAAGAAUCUUUUGUGUCUGAAUAAGAUAUUCAUAAAGUAAACAGUUGGGACUUCAGAGAGCUUUAACCACAAAACAAACGAAGAUCACCCAAGAGAAAAUCAACAUUGAGCAUUUGCAAGCAGCAACAAGGCCAAACACAGUUGACUGCAGGUUAAUGUGUUGUUGGAGGUCUGACUAUUUACACCCAUGGCACACCCGAGUGAUCACAGGCACAGAGUGCAUAAAGUGUUUGAUUUCUAAAAAUGUUGUCUUCUUAAUUUUAUUAUUCAGAAUAUGUUAAAACACCUUGAAUUGAUGCAUUUAUUUUUGUCGUAAUUAUAUUUGCCCAGAGAGAAUACGGGCCUUCCAUCGUAAUGCAUCUUAGUCCAGUGUUGAGUCUUCAGAAGGUUUUGGCCACAAUUACAAAACGUGCUCUACACUCCAGCUUUUCUGUUUGUCAGGUUGUUUUCUGUUUGUGUAUACAUGCAGAGAAGUGUGUAAAUAUUUCAGUUGCAUAAUAUUAAACACAAUUAUUCAACAGAAA